CUCGGGCAGGGUGGCGCCGGAACUUAAGUAGUCUCUACUGGACACCAGCCUGGUGGGUUCGAGUCCUGCAAGAAUGCGCGCCCUGCCGACCCUGGACUCGCUUGCUAGAAUGCGGCCACCUCUCGGGGACCCCAGGGCAGCGGAGGACACUCUCACCCCGCGGCCAGCGAACAAGAGCGCUGUGGAGAGACUGGCAGCGGACCGCGCCAAGUAUGUUCGCAGCACGCUGGGAUCUAGCCGGGGUCCUGUAUCUGAACACAGGGUCCCUGAGGCCCCAGGGGUGCAGCACCGCAACCCGAUCCCUUCGGCUCUUGCCCCAGCUCCUGUAGCACGCAGGGCUAUCGCUCGAAAGCCUCUGAGACCUGAUUCGUUGGUCAUCUAUCGGCAGAAAUGUGAAUUCGUACGAGGGUCAGAUGCAGACUGUUCCAGAGUGGGACUGAUGAAGAAGUUUUUCCAGGGGUCUGGCAAGGACAAAAUGGCAGUGGCCCCUGAGACGACCAGGGUGGCGGAUGAGGAUAAGACGACGAAGGAAACAGAGGCCACUUGGACUAAGUCGAGCCAGGCAGCAGCCGCCAGACCAGCCUCUAUGUUACCACCUCCAACCCCUGUUGUAGCCGUGAAGUCCCCAGCUGAGAAGACCAGGGUGGCGAAUGAAGAUAAGACGACGAAGGAAACAGAGGCCACUUGGACUAAGUCGAGCCAGGCAGCAGCCGCCAGACCAGCCUCUAUGUUACCACCUCCAACCCCUGUUGUAGCCGUGAAGUCCCCAGCUGAGAAGACCAGGGUGGCGAAUGAAGAUAAGACGACGAAGGAAACAGAGGCCACUUGGACUAAGUCGAGCCAGGCAGCAGCCACCAGACCAGCCUCUAUGUUACCACCUCCAACCCCUGUAGUAGCUGUGAAGUCCCCAGCCUUGCCUUUUGAAGUGGCUCCCAGGGUUCCUGUCGGAUGCUCCGGUGUGCAGCUGCGGGUGUCGCGUAGCAAAGGAUUGCAGCGCUCUCAGUCAGAUCUCAGCUCCCGCUACUCGAUAGCCAAGGCUGAGUCCGACACCUUCUUCAAGUAUUGUGGCCUGGACCCUGACGUAGUGGAGGCUCUCGGGAGGGAGAACUUUUCUGCUGGAUCCGACUGUGUUACACUCAAAGUGCGUAGCGUGAGCAUGGCUGCUUCUGAUAGUAGCUUUUCCAGGCACAGCGAGGACGGGUUGCAAGAAGAGGAACUCCUGGAGCAGGUGCCUAGCACCACCUCGGUAGUAGAAAGGAACGCCCGUAUCAUAAAGUGGCUGUUUACCUGCAAGAAGGCCAAAGAAACCCCCAGCCAGAAAUUACAGGGACCUGCCUGAUUGACAUCUGAUCCAGGAAGCAAACUUCCCCGGUGAUGAACAGACCCAUAAAUUGUAGGCGUCUGAAACUCCAGAGCCAUGUGUUUGGUGUAUUCCAACAAUACAGAGUUGCUGCUAUCCUAGGAAUAAAGCACUCUAUUGAUAAGGCUUAUCUAUUGGCCAUGAUGGCGUGCUGUGGGGAAGGUGGGAGGGCAGAUAUUAGAGACCACUCGGAGCGUUCUCCUUGCAAGAGGGUGUCUCAGAGGAACGGCUGAAGAAACAGCAGCUGCUGGAGUAUAUUUUCAGGACAUUUGUUGGUCUGACUUAAUGACAGUUUCUGCAAUGUGUUUUGAUAAUAUUUAAUAUUAAUAAAUCAGAUAUGUAGACAUUUUUAAGGAGAAGAAGAAAGUAUGGAAUCAAGCAUGGAUGCAAUGUUAUUCUCCUUUCAACUGAUUUAUGCCACUUACUGUUCUGUGAGCACAAAGAGCAAUUAGUCUACUUAAGUGCUAUGGCUGAGACAGUCACCCAACGCACAGACUGGUUUCCAAGCCUCCCUAUAGAACUAAACUUUUAUUCCUGUUAUACAACUGGUAGUAUUUUGUAAUGAUGUGAGGAGGACAUUUAAAAUCACUUGAGGGCUUCAUAUUCAUUUCGUUAAUGCCACUGUCUGCUUGGCCAUAAGUAUGUGGAAGCACCCAUUGAGAGAUUCGUGAGAAUUGAGAGCCUGCUAAAAGAAGUACUGUUUUGUACAUAACAGUUUCUUGAGAUUUAGCCAAUAUUUAUGGGGUCCUUCCGUUAGCUCUUUAACAAUGGUUCCAACAGAAAGUGCUCAGUAACACCCUCCUUCUUACCUUAUAAAGGGGAUAAAAACUGGCUCACCACAUGCCUGAGGUCUGGUUCCACUUCACAUACAGUGGAAUUGCCUGCAUUUGGCAUCAACCCAUUGUCUGCAGAGGAUAUGUUUUGAAGCAAAGACUGCCUCUGGGCUUUGAGAGGUUCUGCAUUCUAAGUAUGAUUAACACUAAACCAGAAACUUGGUUCUGAACUUGUUUGUGAUACUCAAAGUAAAAGAAUUUUAGAUUCAGAGUCUCCUGAGAGAAAUUACGUGUGAACACCAACCCAAAGAAAAAUUCAGUCUACUCUUUCAAAGUUUACUAUAUUUUAUCAAAACAUAUUUCUUUAAUCACAAAAUCAUAUGCAAUAUGAGUGAACAAUAUGGAAGAAAUUUCUCAAUGCUAAUAUUUUGUGUCAUGGCAUUUUGGAAUGUCCCUGCAUAUAGUUUUAAAAAUGUAUUAUGUAAUUUUUAUUGUAAAAGUAGAUUUUUGAGUUAUAAAAAUAUUUAUUUUGUCAUA